AUGUCAAAAAAGGUCCUCAUGCUUCAUGGCUAUGCCCAAUCAGACUCUAUCUUCUAUGGAAAGACUGGGGGCUUCCGUAAGAACCUAUCUAAGUUGGGUUACGAGCUUUAUUAUCCGUGCGCUCCGGCUAAGGUCCCAGGCGUUGAUAUCUCGAACGAAGACGACUUCGCUUCUGUUUACAAUACUACUGCUGGCACAAGCGACAUCUACGGGUGGUGGCUGAAGCACCCAGAUGAUCAAUACAAAGUGCCUCAGGAAACCGCCGAUUAUCUGCGCGACUAUAUUAUCGAAAACGGGCCUUUUCAUGGCAUAGUGGGAUUUAGUCAGGGUGCUGGAUAUGGCGGAUAUCUUUGUACUGAUAUUCGUGGUUUACUUAACCUGUCUUUGGACGAGCAACCAGAUUUAGAGUUUUUUAUUAGCUUCAGCGGAUUUCGCUUACAACCAGAGUGGUUUCAAGAACAAUAUGAUAAACACGAGAUUACAGUACCUUCUCUACACGUUCAGGGUGAACUAGAUACAGUCGUUGAAGAGCAAAGAGUAUUAAGCCUAUACAAUUCGUGCUCUAAUGACACGAAAACUAUGCUCAAGCAUCCUGGGGGACAUUUCGUUCCCAACAGCAAGUCUUUUGUCAACAAGGUAAUUAACUGGUUACAGGUAGUUGCCAAGCCAGAAACAGAACAGAUUAAGGACGGGCCUAGUCAACCCAAGUCUUUUAACGAGCCACAAUUGGAUGAUGAUUUAUUGAGCGUUAUCGAUGGUAUGGGAAAGAUUUAA